AUGGACGAACAAGCCUCACCACGUCCAGAUAUACCACUGGUACCCAGCGACGACGAAGACGAACGCGAACCUUCCCCCACCCCUGCGCUCGGAGCAGCUCGUUAUGCUCCUGAGGAUGAAUUCUUCGCUCAAGGUUAUGGAAGCUCUGAAUGGCUUCAGAAACAACGCGACCUGCGAAAGCUCAAGGAAUUCAUCGACUCACAUCGCCGAGCUGCAUCUCACAAGGCACGUUUCAAUCCGACGGGAAGUGGAAGCGCAUACAUUGAUCAAGAUGAGUCUGGCACAUACGAUCCGUCGGGCAAGCGCCGUCAUCUCACACCAUCACCUGAGCCAUCAUCUGCCCCGAAGGUCAAGAGAGUCAAAGUCGAUCAAUUUGACGAAGAUGGAAACCUCAUUGUCAGGAAGAGAAGCAUGGUGGGAUAUCGUUCGCUUGUCACAUUUCACUUCACCGAAGCGAACUCACUUGAAUACUUGAGAUCUAUCAAAGAUGGCAACGAGAGCGAACACGCGGAUGGUGAAGAUUCUGAAGAUGGUUCUGGAUAUGGAGCUUCCUUCCCAAAGAAGUCCAGGAGAACUGUGAAGAAGCCUCAACGUUGGGGCAUAUCUACGAGAGACGAUGGAUUGACCCUCGACGAUCUCACUGCUGGUCAUCCCCAACGCCGAGGUUGCAAGGCAUGCUUCCUUUCCGGUAACGAUGCAUGUUCCCUCCUCGAAGAUCCCCACACAUAUCCUUGUGAAGCAUGUGAUGAUUGCGAGGGCGAUUGCGAGCUCAUCAUCCCUCCCAAGUUUAAGAAAGCCUGUGAGCGGUGUAAGGCUCUUAGGAUGGAGUGUUCCUACGAUAUUGACGCCGGAAGGUAUCAGAACAGCUGUCAAGCAUGUGCCGACGACGAGCUUCCUUGCUGUGCUGGUCCAAGAGACGAAGAUACCUUGAGCAGAAGAAUGAACGAUGUCCUCUCUCGCAGUAAAGAAGAACGAGAGUAUUUCACGAACUUGAGGAAAGGACGUCUAGCAGCUAAGGACCGAAAAUAUGUGAGCUGUAACCAAUGUCGAUACAAGAAGGUACGAUGCAGCCUCGUUGGCAAGAAAGCCCUCGGCCCAUGCUCCUAUUGCAAGAAACUCGAUCAACAUUGCGAGUUCACGUCCAUUCGAGAGUAUACAGAACUCCCUGCUUCCCUCCGCGCCCUCGCACCAAACUUGAUCCUCAGAGAGAAAAACAUACGCAACCGCGAGACAACUCCAGAAGGCUUCACAAGCAGAGACCAAGCCGGCGAGCCGCAUACCCCGAACACCAACACCAGGACCCUUGCUGGCGAGAUCGAAAAACGCUACACCAGCAGGCAAAAGCGCAAGCAAGACAAGAAACUCACAUCAUCGUCUACCAGAAAGGGGAAGGGAAAGGAGAGAAGCUGCGAUGUCGUUGUCGAGAGCCCGAAGCUAGUAGGUAUCACCGCAGGCAUUCGCCACAUCCACAUGAAGACCUCGUUCUGCCACCCUAUUACCUUCAACUACCAACCUCCCCCCGAGUUUUCGCCUUUCGAACUACAAACCGGCGAGAAGUCAACAACCAUCAGUCCCCCUAAGGAUGAAGUCUGCCACUUCUGCGAAUCUCCCUUCUUUGGACAGGCAGGUCUGACGGAUAAAUUCGGCGGUCCCAAGAACGUAGAGGGCUUCUAUUGGCCUGAUGGCAGCGGAUUCGAAGAGAUCUCCGGUGGUUACUCGGAGCUGGGACUUAUGCCUACCAAGAUGUGCGGAGCUUGCACCACGUCUCGCAUCGAGAUCAUGACUUGUUUCAAGCAUCAAGUUGUGCCACUCACGGUCGCUGAUACCCCGUUACUCGAUCCCCAAGUGGUCAAUAAGGCAGCUCAGGCUAGCUUUGCUAGGGAUUUUGCGCCUGGCAAGUUGCUUAAGGAGGCUAAGUGGUGCAGCAUCUGUCCCUCGUUGGCCGACUUCAAGUGCUGCCAGGAGCAAAUCGGAUUCAAUGGUGACGGAGAAGAGGUAACGGUCAAGGGAUGUGGUCUGUAUCUCUGCGAGGACUGCGAGGUACUGAUGGGCAAGGCUUUUACUGGUUUGUGUUUACCCCUCCCUCCUUCUGCGUUCCAUUUUAACUCGAUGAUUACAGGAGGAGUUACCAGGAACCCAGAGAUCAUCGCUACAGUCAUCGGCAUCAUCGAAUCCCAGUCUUAUCGAUUCCAAACUGGCGUCCGAGCCGAUGCUUCGUUCCUUACCAAUGAAGGAGAAUUGAUGGCUCGCCUCCAGCAAAACUUUGGUCAGAAGGAUGUCGAGGAUUCGACCGAUGUUCGUCCUGAUGCAUUCACCGGACAAGAGCCAAAGAACAAGUACGGUCAUGACGACGAACAUGGUGACAGCGACGAUGUCGGUCCACCAGCCAAGAAAUUUAAGGGGCCCGAUCUCAAAGGCAAGGGUAAGGAUUGGAGCGCAUUUGCACCAGAAAUGCGACCAAAGGGAUGGGACGAGACCCGCGGUGACUAUGAUGAUGACCUUGCUACUGCGAUCUGGAAUAGUCUGGCGGCGGGCGGACAUAAGGAGAGCGGAAAGUCUGGAUCAUCCACGAUCAUUGACUUGACUGAAGACGAUGAUUAG